UCGCCGUCGCUGCUGAGAAGAAAAACGGAGAGAGGAAGAAAAGCGAGGAGACGAUGAAGACAAUCCUUUCUUCUGAGACGAUGGACAUUCCAGACGCCGUUAGCAUCAAGGUUAACGCUAAGGUGAUCGAGGUAGAAGGACCAAGAGGCAAGCUUGUUCGCAAUUUCAAGCAUCUCAACCUCGAUUUCCAGCUCAUCAAGGACGCCGAGACUGGCAAAAGGAAGCUCAAGAUCGAUUCGUGGUUCGGUUCGCGCAAAUCAAGCGCCUCCAUCAGAACCGCUCUUAGCCACGUCGAUAACCUCAUAAACGGUGUUACAAGAGGUUUCCGGUACAAGAUGAGGUUCGUGUAUGCUCAUUUUCCCAUUAACGCUUCCAUCGGGGGUGAUAGCAAGUCCAUCGAGAUCCGUAACUUCCUUGGCGAGAAGAAGGUGAGAAAGGUGGAGAUGCUGGAUGGUGUAACCAUUGUUCGGUCUGAGAAAGUUAAGGAUGAGAUUGUUCUUGAUGGUAACGACAUCGAGCUUGUCUCAAGGUCAUGCGCUCUUAUCAACCAGAAAUGUCACGUGAAGAAGAAGGAUAUCAGGAAGUUCCUUGAUGGUAUCUAUGUUAGCGAGAAGAGCAAGAUCGUUGAAGAGGAAUAGACAUAUUCUAGCUUUUUAUCAUCUUUUGUAUGUUUCGUAUUGUUUUGCGUACCAAAGUCCCUUCGGUGUUGCAAAACCCAGCUUAUUUUGUUCCCCUUAUUCGAGA